AUGGGUUAUGACAUGGAGCGUUUUGUGGGCUAUGUGAACGAAGGUUUGCUGUGCUGUGUGUGUCGUGAUGUGUUGGAGGAUCCUCUGCAGGCUCCAUGUGAGCAUGCUUUCUGCAGUACCUGCAUUCAUGCUUGGCUUGUGAACCAUCAGAACUGCCCUGAGGAUCGGCUGCCCCUUAGCAUCGCAAACCUGCGGCCACUUUAUAGAUACAUGCGGAAUGACUUGGCGAGGCUGCAGCUGAAGUGUAUGUAUCGCUCACAAGGAUGUGAAGUCAUCUGUGCUUUGGAGUCCAUACAUCGGCAUGAGGAACAGUGUGACUUUGCUCUGUUUAAUUGUAGCAAUGCUGGGGCGGAGUACUUGUGUUACCACUGUGGUAGGUUUUCAUGUUGUUCAGUGCGAGUGUCUCAGCAUUCUCUGGAAGAACACUUGUGUGUGUGUGAGUACCGCAACGGAGUGUGUGCAAGUGGGUGUGGAUACACACUACCAAAUGCAGACAAGGCUCAGCACAAUUGCAUAUCUGAACUCCGAGCUGAGCUGGACUUGCUGAGGACUCAACUGGAUUGUAAGGUUGAGAAAGUGAGACGUGAGAUGGAGUCCCGGCUGGAUUCUCAGAGGAGACACAUGGUACAAAAGGAGAGCCUACUAAAAAACGAGGUGGAUGAGCUCAAGGGCCAACUGUCUCGUGUAGUGUCUGACGUGUGUGCACUAUUGGGAGCAGAGCGAAUACGCAGGCAAGAGCUGGAAAGAGCGGAGUUUGAGAAAGCACAGCUUCUGGAACGUCUGAAGAAUGAGGUUCUUAAACCAGGCAUAGCCACUCAAAUGGCAAUGCGUCACGAUGACGAGCAUCGAAAGCAAAGCCCACACAGCCUAACGUUAGACUGCCUCAAGAAGAAGAGCAGAGACAUCACGGUUCUCUGA